GCGCAUCUUACAUUAUCUGUACUGAAGGCAUAAUAGUAAUCACCCUUACUGAACAAAUUAUUUGACAACAGGUCUACUUCUACUAGAAACCUGAACAUUGCUGAAGCGCGUGUUUUUUUGUAUUUUAUUAUAAAAUAGAGAAAGUUUUUCCCUUAAAACUAUCAUCAAAGUGAGGAUGAGCGAUAUUGAACAAGGAGAUAAUCGAGAGGCUAGUCGAUGGAAAAGAGAUAAAAUAAGAAGACGAUCACAGAGCCCUCCGUAUGACAAUGGUACUGGGUCCUUCAGAGAGAGGUCGCCCAUAAACGGAAGAGAUCCGUAUAGAGACGAGCAUUACGAUAAAAGACCUCGUGUUUCAGGGCAUUAUUCAUCCUCGAGAAGUAUUGGCGAUCCUUAUAGUCAAGAAGCUGUUAUAUCCUACGAACGGUUUAUACGUUGGUACAGUCAAGAGAAUUCGAUCUCUUCUACAACUGAGGAUUUGUACAAGUCUUUACAUGCUACUUACAAUAGUUACAAACAGGAUUUGUAUGCGAGAAAUGCUAAAAAUUUCGUUUUGGAUCACUGUAAUGAAGCAUGGUUUGAAGACGCUUAUUGGUUUGACGAAUCUCAAGGUCGAUUGCGUGAAAUUUCGGAAAAGGAAAAAUUAUACAGACUUUCUAUGCAUAACAUAUUUUUAGAAAAGUUUGAAAAUGGAUAUUAUGAUACUUUCAAACUGCCAAAUGACCAAGACAUACCUGUUGAGGUGAAAAACAUGAGUAACGAAAUUAAUCCAGACAUGGAAUCAAUUAUAAAUGCCGUUCCGUACUUCAAAUACAUACUAGACUCUAAGGAAUUAGCAAAGGAUAGGACAUUGCUAAUCCGACACGUGUUGCCAAACAUUUCGAUGACUAAUAUGCAUCAAGUGUUCGACGGGAUCGACAUUAUUGACUAUUUCUCUGUUUCACGAAUGAAAUUUACAAAGGAUUACGAACGAUCAGUCUGGGUUCAUUUGAAGCCUGACGUCGCAAUUGAAGGGGCCAAAGAAAUCCUGAAUGGUGUUCAAUUAGCCUCGAAUUACACUAUUGAAACCGAAAAUCCAAAAUUCCCAAGAAACUGUGUUCCAGCUUCUCUUCCUUCCAUCGUUUCUUCUAACGAUACUAGUAAAAAAAUUUUGAAUAUCCUGUUUAAAAUAAUGAAUCGAUUUGUUGUCAUGUACAAUUUACCGCAAGACAUAUCUGAAAAACUACAAGACAAAGUCUUCUCUGUUCCCGUGGAAACUGAAGAUGAAGUAGAAAAAGAACGUCUUCACGAUGUUCAACUAUGUGAUUUACUUGUCGAGUAUCUUCGUCAUGUGGCUACAUUCGAUUUUUGGACAUGCAGAAAUUACUCAAGUUUGAUCGCAUUAUUGCAAGAUAAUCCUGCUGGAUAUUCAAGGAAGUCUUAUGAUGGUAAUAACGAAGUCUCCCAGGAAGAAACAGUCUGGCUUUCGAAUUUGGAGAAUGAUUACGCAUGUCUGCUUGAUCCGGAAUCUGUCGACUUAAAAUCUAAAGGUGCACUACCAGUCGAUAACUACGUUGAUUCGGAGAUUGAUUCGGUAAUCCUGAGAGAGGACGAACAGAAGUAUCGUUGCCAUGUAGGAACCUGUACUAAACUAUUUUUGGGCCCCAAAUUUGUUAUUAAGCACAUCACCAAAAAGCAUCCAGAUUGGUUAGAUCACGUGAAGAAGGUAGCUAUCUGUUUGCGGAAUUAUGUCUUGGAUCCAGGAAGGGUUAUGGACCCCAAGGUAGUAAGUCCCUCUCACGCUGCUCAGUACCUUGCAAACAAAAAUCAUUCUAUGUCGUAUGCUGGUAAUUCUUAUGACCGGAAAAGAAAUGGACUUGAGUUUGAGGAUUUACAACAUAACUCGUUUCAAAAGCCUUACUAUCGCCAAGAUACAUAUUCGGAACGUCGUGACCAUCAUAAAGACUACCGAGAUUUGGAUGCUCCUACACAAAAGAUUCCUGAAUUGGACUACUGAGUAAAUUUAAUUGAGGAAGGGGAAGGACACCUAUGAAAUGCCUCAGUAAGUCUAUGUACAUUGACAUGCUAGGGUAAAAUAAAAGCAGUAAUGCAAUUUUGUUUAUAGGCAUUUCUAAUAGUAUAAUAAUGUGAAGAAAAAAGAACUACAUAUUCUAGCUUCA